GGUUGGAGAAAGGUUUGUGUUCUUAAACACUGCAACCCGUUCAGGGAAUUUUAGAUUUUGUAAAAUGGCUUAAUAUUUGUUGAAUGUAACAUUGUAAUACUUGAUCUACUAUUAAUGAACGUGUGUAAAAGGACACACAGAGAAAUUCCUAGUGAAGCGACUGAGAUCCACGUGACACUAUUAUAAAGAUGGCAUUUAUUAAAGAGGAGAGUGAAGAUGUGAAGAUUGAAGAAACAUUCAGAGUGAAACAAGAAGAUACUGAGACACAAACAGACCUGAUGGUACUGAAAGAAGAAAGUCAAGAAUUGAAUGAAAUAGAAGAGAAAGAUCAUUGUGAUGAACAUCAUGAUUUCAUGACUGGAGAAAAAUCCACACAGACUGAAAAGACUACAUUAAUAAAGAGAGAAGCUAAGACAAAUGUAUGCAAUCAGUGUGGAAAGAGUUUUACUCAAAAACCACACCUUACUGUACACAUGAGAACUCACACUGGAGAGAAGCCUUUCACCUGCCAACAUUGUGGACAGAGUUUUGCACAGAAAGAAAACUUUAAUUCCCACUUAAGAAUUCACACCGGAGAGAAGCCUUUCACCUGCCCUCAGUGUGGACAGGGUUUUGCUCAAAAACAAAACCUUACCGUACACAUGAGAACUCACAGCGGAGAGAAGCCUUAUACCUGCCAACACUGUGGACAGAGUUUUGCACGUAAAGAAAACUUUAAUUCCCACAUGAGAAUUCACACUGGAGUGAAACCUUACACCUGCCAACAGUGUGGACACAGUUUUACUCAAAAACAACACCUUACUGUACACAUGAGAACUCACACCGGGGAGAAGCCUUUCACCUGCCAACAGUGUGGACAGAGUUUUGCACAUAAAGGAAACUUUGAUUACCACAUGAGAACUCACACUGGAGAGAGACCUUUCACCUGUAAACUGUGUGAGAAGAGCUACUCACAAAAAGAAUAUCUUAAGUCUCACAUGAGAGUUCACACUGGAGAGAAGCCAUUCAUAUGUGCUCAGUGUGGAAAGAGUUUCAGUCGUAAAGUAUACCUUAAUCAGCACAUGAAGACUCACUUGAGAGUAAACCGUUUUACAUGCCAUGAGUGUGGAAGGAAUUUCACAGAACACAGUCGCCUUGAGAAACAUGUAAUAACUCACACUAGAGAGAAGCCUUACGUGUGCCAUCAUUGUGGAAAGACUUUUAUAACCAAAUCAGUCCUUGAGGUUCACAUGAGAGUUCACACUGGAGAGAAGCCUUUCACCUGCCUUCAGUGUGGAAAGAGUUUCAUACAUAAAGGAAACCUUAACAUUCACAUGAGGCUUCACACUGGAGAGAAGCCUUACAUGUGUCUUCAGUGUGAGAAGAGUUUCAAAUAUCACGGAGACCUGAAAUGUCAUUUGAAAACUCAUUCCUGAAAUCAACUGUAGUGUUCUGUAUUUGGUUUACUAAAUACAUCAGUUUCAGAAAUCACUUGCAUAAUCACUCUGGAUGAUAACAUUUAAUUUUGUAAAAAGUGUAAUAAAAAAUAAUAGUUUUUGUCAUCACACAUGAAAAGUUGUGCAGAUGGGAGACCCUUGAAUUUACUAAAUUUUUGAUGCUGUUCGAAUCCUGUAACAAGUAUAAUUUUAUAGGCAUUUUUGUUAAACAUUUCUGUCAUUACAGAUAAUGAAAUCCCUUUUUUAUUUUUACAAUAAUACCAAAAUCAUGUAGUGCGAAAGUUAAAUUGUAAAAGACGUUGCGCAAGCUUCAGGAUUGACGAAACUAUGGCCAAUCGUUCACAUCUGGCAUAGAACUCACAACUUAACAUGGGCAUGUUACAAUACAAGUUAAUAUAAGUGAUAUACAUUUUACAAAAAAAAUGUGUUUCACACAAACAAAACCCGAGCAGAAUGUGGUGUUUCGUUUCUAAAUGAAUCUACAAUUUUGAAUGAAUCAUUUGAGAAAGUGAUUCAAUGACCCAUUCAGAAAUGCUGCGUCCCAAUUCGCUUACUUAUGCUACGCCCUAAAAAUAUGUACUCUUUUUGUGAACACAAAGUACAAACUUUUGAGUGUGCAAGCUUUGGGACAUACUAUCACGUCAUAUAUGUAGCAUCUGGACCAAACAAACACAGAGUAUUCAUUAUAUUUAAUGAAUAAUCCAGAAAACUCAACUCUCUCAAUAAAGGUCUUUGAACCAUCCCCCGAAAACCGCAACAAAUACAGUUUUCACCAAGACUCUGGUUACAGGAAGACUGAUAAGGUUUACGAUCAGAAAUAAUUUGCAGAGACUUGUGAUUCUGACUUAAUUCUCAUUGAGAAGGACAAGUAAACCCUUUUAAUUCUAUAUAUUAAACCACUUGAGAAACAAAUUUUCCCAUCUCAUGAUUUACCUUUUAUAGGGUUUGGCCUAUGUAUUAGGUCUCUCUUUAGAACUCUUGGUAUUAAUGUUUCAAAGUUGCAUAUUGUGGUUAACUAAAAUCAGAUGGGUAGCAUGUUUGGUAUCGACGGACUCCAACUUUCGUUUCCUAUUUAGUAAUUUAUGUUGCAUGUUGCUAACUCUGUGACACAUUAGUAUUAUAAGAAUCUAGAAGGUUCUUCACUCAUGCAUCCAGUCCAAUGUUUAUGCUAAUAUCCUGCUAGAGAACAAAAACACGUAAAAGUUCCCUCUAAAGGACCAGAUUCUUAUUGGCUCGGUCAACUCAAGAAGGUGUGGCAUCUUCACACUUCAAUAUCACGGGUCUCUUUUAUAGAAAAACACUGAUAUGAAGAUGAUGCUGAGCUAGAAGACUUCUGAAGACCCCCAAGCUUGUGCCAGGCUGCGGCCUUGUCUUUCCAUUCACCAAAGAUCCUCUGAAUCCAACUGGAUCUCUCUCAUCAAGACAACAUCAGCAAAGAUCAACGGAAGCCCCCACAAAUUGCAUCAGGACAGUUUAAUUCUAAUUGGCGAGACAUGCAAGUAUCAAACUUUGUCUCAUUAUUUGACACAUUGAGUAUCCUUACCCCUUUUAAAGAACUAAACAAAAGUUAUAACUAAACUGAUGGUUUGCUCAAGGCUGUUGAUCUGCUGAAUUUUAAAUAAUGCUGUAACAUCUUGCUUUCCUGUAUUCUGCUUCAGCUCUCUCUUUCCCUUGGUAAACUGUAUGCAUGUUUGUGCGUGAAUGUUAAAGUAGUUUAAGGGUUUAGUUAAUAAAGUCUUGUUCAUGUCACAUGUAAA